AUGGGGCGUAAAGAUGAGGAAGACGGAUGUGCCUGGAAAAAACAAACUAACAACAUUCGAGAUACUUUUGUGUUUAUGGAAGUCUUGGGAUCAGGAGCUUUCUCUGAGGUUUUCCUGGUAAAACAGCGGUCCACGGGGCACCAUUUUGCACUGAAGUGCAUCAAGAAGGCGCACAACUCCAGAGACAAGAGCCUGGAAAACGAAAUAGCUGUGCUGAAAAAGAUCAAACAUGAUAACAUUGUGACGCUUGAGGAUAUCUAUGAGAGUACUUCCCAUUUCUACCUUGUCAUGCAGCUGGUGUCGGGAGGAGAAUUGUUUGACCGUAUCUUAGAGCGUGGAGUUUAUACAGAGAAAGAUGCCAGUAAUGUGAUUCAUCAAGUCCUAUCUGCUGUGAAAUAUCUCCAUGACAACGGAAUAGUUCAUCGAGACUUGAAGCCAGAAAACCUGUUGUAUCUCACCCCUGAUGAAAACUCAAAGAUCAUGAUAACAGAUUUUGGCCUUUCCAAGAUGGAAGAGAGUGGAAUCAUGUCUACCGCUUGUGGUACUCCUGGAUAUGUGGCCCCAGAGGUCCUUGCACAAAAGCCAUACUGCAAAGCAGUGGAUUGCUGGUCUAUUGGAGUAAUAACCUAUAUUCUACUGUGUGGAUACCCUCCCUUUUAUGAGGAAACUGAAUCCAAACUUUUUGAGAAAAUAAGAGAAGGGAGCUAUGAAUUUGAGUCACCAUUCUGGGAUGACAUUUCAAAAUCAGCAAAAGACUUCAUUAGCUGCAUGCUAGAAAAAGAUCCAAAAAUGAGAUACAACUGUGAAAAAGCCCUAAAACAUCCAUGGAUUGCUGGCAACACAGCUCUUCACAGAGAUAUUUAUCGUUCAGUGAGCAUCCAAAUCAAGAAAAAUUUUGCCAAAAGCAAAUGGAAGCAAGCCUUUAAUGCAGCAACUGUGGUUUAUCACAUGAAGAAACUGCACAUGAACAGCCAAACUAGCACCAACUCAGCCACAGAGAUAAAGAAUGAGGUUCCUACUAUCAAUGUAUCUGUUUCUACAAGACCCAACAGUCCCCAUUCCAGCACAGCAGAGACAAACAGCCAUGAAAUGAGCAAACUUCACCCUUUCAUUUCCACUGGAAUCCCUUUAAGCAGCUCAGGGGCAGUGAUAUCUUCUGAAAGUGCAGUUAUUGGGCAGAAAGUCGAAAUUAAAAAUGCAGAGUUGAAGGAACCUUGUAGCAUCAACAAGAAAGACUCCUCAUCCUUGAAUGUGGUUCAAGCUCAGGCUGAACAAGCUAACACUGUCCAAAAGAAUUCAACUCGACAGAAACAAGCUGAAAUGCAGACUGCUUCACUCCGUUUAAGUCAAGAAGUCAAGAAUCUCAACACGACUUCUAAAAAAACUGCUUCCAAAAACAUUACUCAAAACAGUGCUACACAAACUAGCCCAGUGCACAACACCCCCACUGAACAUAACCAGUUGUUUAAUGAUACAACCUCUAUCACAAAAGACGGACAUUCACAAACAAAGACUGCUUCUAAGACACAGAGCAGUCAAGCAUCCAAGACAGCCAGUGGGAAUUCUCAAACCAAAGUAGUAGAUACAAACUCAAAGGAGGUUGGGCAGAUUAAAGGAAAACACAAGAACAUUUCUCAGUCUCUUGAUCUUCCCAUGCCACCAAAUGAAAAUAAUGAAGUGAGGAGGAAUUCAUGCCAUAAAUCACCAUCAACAAAUACUUCGAAGAAAUCAGCCGUACCAAUUAGCACUACUGUUAACACCACACAAAAGCCCUCACCUCAGACAAACCUAGCUCCUAUGUCCCAAAGGACAUCAGUACAGGAAACCAAUUUGUCUCCAAAGACAUCAUCUAAGAAGGUUAAUGUCCAAGUAACGGUUCAAGAAAACUCAGGCAAAAAGAAUACAACCCCAAAGAAGAACACGAUGGACUAUGAUAUUUUGUGUAUGGAUAUCUCCCCGUCCAGGUCUUUGGAUUUAACUAAUUGUGUCAUUAAGACUGAUAAAAUUCCAGUUCCUACAAACCUGUAUGUUUCAAAUGGGAUUUCUGGUGAGACAUACGAGAAGGGCAAACCCAUAUCUUGUUCUGAACCUGGCAUGCCAAAGAAAGUACACAAAAAGCAGCCUUUUAGUGCUGUUACCCCUUCGGCUAAAGGAACAAACUACACACAUUGUGGCAGUGGACAAACAGGGGGAAUUACAGAAAGAGUUUCUUCAGCUGUGACAUUAAUACCAAGCCAGAAAAUGAACCCAGUGGAUUUAGUUACACAUGUGCAAUCACUAACAGACAAAGUUGAAAACAUGUCUUUGGCACUUACUAAUUUACAACAGGAAAAUACUGCAUUAAAAGCUUAA